GUUGAUGAGGAAGAAGUGAGAAUUAAUGUAUGCUUUUUAAGUUCACUGCUCAGAAAUAUUACUAAUAUGGUGUCAGGUAGUUUCAAUAUUCUGCUGCUAGUCCUAUUUGCCUUGAUGGUCGUUGCCUCCGCAGGAGGAACCAGAAAAUUGUUAGUGAAACAAGAGUAUAUGGUUGAUGAUAUUUCAGGAGAUGCUAGAUUUAAUUCAAUGAAGACCUCUCAUAUGAAUGCUCAGGUGGAUAGCCAGAUGUUCAAGAAGAAUGAACGAAACUUCCUCAACAUGAAUCAGUUUCCAGAACAAAAUCAUAAGAGAAGCAAGAAAGAAGAAUCAAAGGAGUUUGUUGAUGUAGAAAAUGGAGUACCAAAGCUUAUAAGCACAGACGACCAUGGCCACAAACCGCCCAUCCAUAAUCUCAAGCCUACAGACUAUGACCGCAGCAAGCCGCCCAUCCAUAAUCACAAGCCUACAGACUAUGACCGCAGCAAAAAUAAUAAUAUGGUGUCAGUUAAUUUCAAUAUUCUGCUGGUUCUCGUAAUUGCAUUGAUGUUCAUUGCCUCUGCUGGAGGAAUUAGAAAAAUACCGGUGAAACAAGAGCAGAUGGUUGAUGAUAUUUCAGGAGAUGCUGCAUUUGAUUCAAUGAAGACCUCUCACAAAAAUGCUCAGGUGGAUAGCCAAAUGGUCAAGAAGAACAAAAGGAGCCCCCUAGGCACAAACCACUUUCCAGAACAGAAUCAUGAGAGAAGUAAGAUAGAAGAAUCAAAGGAGUUUGGUAAUGCAGAAGAUGAAGUAGCUGAGCUUAUGAGCAAAGACUAUACAGGAAACCUCCGCCGCAAGCCGCCCAUCCAUAAUUAA